AUGUCGAAGCAAUUCUCCACCGCCGAAGUCGCCGAGCACGCCAGCGUCGAGAAGGGCCUGUACAUCAUCAUCGACGGUGGUGUCUACUCGAUGAGCUCAUUCGUGGACGAGCACCCCGGUGGUGCAAAGAUCCUCAAGCGCGUUGGCGGCAAGGAUGCGAGCAAGCAGUUCUGGAAGUACCACAACGAGCACGUCCUCAAGAAGUACCAGCCCAAGCUCAGGAUCGGAGAUGUCAAGGAGGAAUCUAAGCUAUAG